UCCUGAACGCGACAUCCGCAUCGUGGGGGCGGAGAGGAAACAGCAGUUUACUGGCAGAGUGAACAAAAAAAAUCCAAAGAGGGAAAAACCUACGGAAUAAAUACCACAAAUAAUUUUGGAAAGGCUCUGCUGGGAUUAAAACGUUGACUGCGAGCAAUUGGGUCUGUGCUCCUGAUCUAAGCCAGAGAUGACCACCGAGAAGACCACAUACGCUCCCAUAGAGGGGGUGUCAUCUCCACCCUCGUUUCCCGUGAAUAUGCCAAGCCCAAACAUGUUUGGGGCCCCUGCUCCUAGUGGGUUCCUUGCUCCUGGUGGUCAACCUGCUCCUAGUGGGUUCCUUGCUCCUGGUGGUCAACCUGCUCCUAGUGGGUUCCUUGCUCCUGGUGGUCAACCUGCUCCUGAUGGUUUCUUUGCUCCUGGUGGUCAACCUGCUCCUGGUGGUUUCUUUGCUCCUGGUGGUCAACCUGCUCCCGAUGUUUUUUUUGCUCCUGGUGGUUUCCUUGCUCCUGGUGGUCAACCUGCUACUGGUGGUUUCCCUGCUCCUGGUGGUCAACCUGCUCCUAGUGAUUUCCUUGCUCCUGGUGGUCUCCCUUUCCCUCCACCGACUGCAUUUGGACCGGGUGUUCCUGGAGCUUUCGGAAUGGGCAAGCCCUCUUCCUCGCCAUAUUCUCCACCAGGCCAGGGCUUUAAUGGCAACUUCAGUGCAGAUGAUGUUUACCACAGUGAGGAGGACCCACCACCCUUUCAUGAGAAUCAAGACUUUGAUUUUGGAUUGGAUAACAAGAGCAUAAGAAGAGCCUUUAUUCGAAAGGUAUUCUUGGUGUUGACUGCUCAGCUGAUGGUGACAUUCGCCUUUGUCGCUGUUUUCACCUUCGUGGAUGAAGUCAAGAUGUUUGUCAUGGUGAACACCUGGACCUACUUGGUGUCAUAUGCCAUAUUCUUUGUGUCAGUUUGUGUGAUCAGCUGCUGUGGGAGCGUUCGGCGAAGACAUCCAUGGAACCUUGUCGCAUUAUCAGUCCUGACUCUCAGCAUGUCCUACAUGGUGGGAAUGAUCGCCAGCUUCCAUGACACUGAAUCAGUGAUCAUGGCAGUAGGUAUCACAGCCGUUGUGUGCUUCACAGUGGUCAUCUUCUCUCUACAGACCAAGUAUGACUUCACUUCCUGUUACGGUGUGCUUUUCGUCUGUUUAAUUGUCCUGAUCGUCUUCGGCAUCCUCUGCAUCUUCAUCCGUAACAGGAUUCUGCAAAUUGUGUAUGCUGGACUGGGAGCUUUGCUCUUCACCUGUUUCUUGGCGGUGGACACACAGAUGCUGCUUGGCAACAAGGAACUGUCCCUGAGUCCAGAAGAAUAUGUCUUUGCAGCUCUAAACCUUUACACAGACAUCAUAAACAUCUUUCUCUACAUUCUUGCCAUUAUUGGAAGAGCAAGGGGCGGCUAAGGAGUAGAAAAAACAGGUAGCGAUCCUGACAUAAAAUUGCUUUGAGUUCAAGUGCAGAAUUGAGUUACAAUUUAAUUUAGUUUUGUCUUGUAGUGUGCAUUCAUCACAUAGUUUGAGAAUAUUUGGCUUCACCCAUUGUAAAUGUUUUUUUUGUUUUUUUUUUCAAUAAUAUAUAUAUAUCUAGAGUGUCUACAUUGUAGUUUGGGGUGGGGGGGUUAUUGCGGUUUUAUCAGCUAUUUGACGUGUUGUACACAACUUUAUUUUAAUUUAGAAACUUAUGCCAUAAGAAAUCAUUAAACGGUAUAACGAUUUGACACUAAACCUUCCCAGAGCUUUCAACUGUGUGACAUAUUCUUCAUUAUCAGGUAGACAUUAACAUUGCAAUGUCAUCCAUUGCACUUUAAGGACAAUCCGGCCAGGAAGGCAAAUUUAUCCCAUUAAGAACUUUAUGUGGUUAAUACAAUUCUGUAAACUGAUAAUAAGUGGAACUUGAUUUGGGAUUAUUUUGUGAAACCACUCUUUCCAGGGUCAAGAUUGAACUUUCCUAUAGGCCAGCAAGGGGGACAUACAAACCGAUCCAUCACCAUGGCAAUUGACAAACAUAAUUUGUUAAAGACUGCUAUGGUUAAAAGCCCCAGACAAAGCUGUAAGCAGACCUUGUGGUUUUUGUCAAAAUACUAUGUCCAACAUGAAAUAAUCUGUAAUGCUAUGUAUAAAGUUAUUUUCUAAA